AUGUCAUAUGAACAAGAAGAAAAUACAGAUAGUUUUCGUUUUACUCGACGUAAAAAACAAAAUCGUCGAGUUUUAUCGAAUAAUUCAACACACAUAGAAAAACAAAUAACAUUUAAUCAAGAACAAUUAUUAAAAAAUCUUGAAAAUAAAAUAAAUAUUAUUCGUACAAGUUAUUUUUGGUUACAAUUUCAUGACUAUUUUCUUCAAUGGAUUAAUCGUCAAUUAACAUCAAUUGAUAUCUUAUGUUAUGGUCUUGGACAUAUAAGUCAAUCGAUAUCAUCACAAUAUCAAUAUGCAUUAUUAAAAUUAAUUGAAGAAAUUUUUCAAAAUAAAAUUCAAACUAUUUAUCUUUAUGAUCCUAUAUGGACAAAAGAUGAAUAUGAUUAUCUUCGAUUAGAUAAUAAAUAUUCAAAAUAUGAAAUUUUAAUUGAAAAUAAUCAAGCAUAUCAAACAAUAAAUCGUUCAUCAUUUAUUUAUAUACCAUUUUGUUCAAAACCUAUACAUAAUAAUUUACUUUAUUCAAAUUGGAAUAAAGAGAAUUUAAAGAAAAUAUUAUUCUAUGGAAAUAGUUUUGAAAAAUUUUCUCAUGAAGUACAGUUUAAUACGGGAAAAUAUUUUUAUAUUUAUCAAACAACAAGUUUUCUAACGGAAAUUUCAUUACCGUUAUUUGAACAUUAUACAAAUACAUUCAAUGAACAAGUCUUAACAUCAUUUGAUCGAACGAGUGUAACUGUCAAAGGUCAUCGUCAUGAACAAGCUUAUUCAUUUCGUUUAGAAGAUAAAGGUGCUAUACAAUCUAUUAAAUUCAAUCCUGAUCUAUCCGUAUUAGCAAUAAAACGUAAUUCAAAUUCCGUUGAAUUUCUUAAUUUUGCACCUAUACCACAAACACCUUUAUCACCACGUACAUCAAUGUCAAGCACAGCUGUAAUACUUCAACCAGAUACAAUUGAAUAUUCACAAUUAUCAAAAGCAAAAGCAAGUAAAUUAUAUGAUUUUAAUUGGUUAUCUGAUAAAGAAAUUGUUUUCAUAACGGAUCAAUCUAUUGAACAUUAUUUAUUAAGUUCAGAAAAACGUACAUUACGUCCACUUAAACAUCAUUCAAUACCAAAUAUAAAUUGGCCAUUAUUUUUUCGUGAAAUGAAUCUUUUACUUGUAUCAGCUGGUUCACCAUCGGGUAAUUCAUUAGUACCAUUUUCAUUUCAUAAAACCCAACAACAACAAUUAAUUAAAUUACCUAAAUUCGAUGUUGAUUUACCACAAGCAACAGCUAGUACACGAUCAAAUUCUAUAGCAUCAAAUUCAUCAACACAGUCAACAAGUAAACGAUGUUAUGAACUUACUGAACGUGAUUGUAUGCUUGCAACUGUCUAUGGAAAAUCAUAUCUAUUAGUUAUUCGUCAAUUAUUUCGAGUUGCUGGACAAGGAUCAGUUGAAGUCGUACUCUAUCAAAUAGAAGAUGAUCAUAAACCUGCACAAAAACGUCAUAUAUUACGAUUAAAUUUACAUGGUAAAUGUGCAUUAAAUGUUGUUGAUAAUCUUAUUUUAAUACAUCAUCAACCAACAAAAGCAACAUAUAUUUAUGAUAUAGAAGAAAAAUGUACUUCACAAUAUGAUGGUUAUCAAACCAUUCAUGAACCAUUACUUUCUCAACUUUCAAUACAACCAGUUAAUGUUAAUUGGCAAUUACUUUCAUCAUCGAUAUCACCAACAUUAACAACAAUUGAACUUUAUUCAUCGAAUUGGAUUGUUUUUCUACCGAAUGUUAUUAUUGAUGUUAAAAUGGGUUGUUUAUGGUAUUUAUUAAUUAAUUUAGAUUAUUUACUUGAUAUUAUAACAGAUCGUUUACUUUUAAUUGAUAUUUUAUUAAGACGUGCAAAUGGUAAAGCAUCAAUACUUACUUUAUUACGAACAUUAUUAACAAAUAUAAUUGCACCCGUUGAAAUUGAUUCAAAUAAUACAUCAAAUAUAAGUCCAAGUAAUGUACUUGAUUGGUGGAUUGAAAUGAUUGAUCGUAUAAAUCGUGUUUUUAUUGAAAAUUCACCAAAUCGUCCGUUAUUAGAUCAAUCCGAUAUAUAUUCAGUACUUUCAUUAUUUUCAACCAUUGUAUCAAUAACAUCAAUAGGAAAUUCAACAGCAUAUCAUCGUUCAUUAUCGAUUGCAUCUAAUGAUACAACAUUAGAUGAUCAAGAUCAGACAAAUUCAUUAAAAUUUGCUACAAGUAUUGUUAUUGAAUAUAUUCGUUCAUUAAUUGAUUAUAAUAUUCCCGUGCAAUAUUUUAUUUAUGAAUUACUUGUUAAUUUACUUGUAAAAAAUAAUCAAUUUUUUCAAUUACAACAAUUAAUUCAAUAUCAAGUUUUAACAGAUUCAUUACAAUUAGCUUGCUUGCUUCUUUCGCUUUCGAAUAAACAACAACCAACAACUCAAAUAGCACUUGAUAUGCUUAAACGUUUAACAAAUGCUAACGAAGAAAUUGUUGAAAUUCUUCUUGGACAUAAUUAUAUAAUUGAAGCACUUCAUUUUUGUGUCGAUCAUUUGCCAUUAACACGAACAUUAGCACGAAAACUUUUAGAAGCAGCAAUAAAAUCUGAUGAAAUUUUAUCAUCAUCAACAACAACAACAAAUCAGAAAAUAUUAUUUUUUACUGUUUAUACAUUUUUUGAAGAAUAUUUUCAACGAACAACAACAAUAAGUGCAUUAGCUCAAUCAACAAAUUCAAAUGAACAAAAAGAUGAACUUGAAAUGUUUAAAACAUUAUUUAAUUCACAUUUUCGUAAUCAAGAAUCAGAUGUUGCUAAUAUUCAAUGA